AUGGCGCCCAACAAGAUAAUUAUCGAUACAGACCCUGGUGUCGACGACAUCAUGGCCAUGCUUAUGGCUUUGAGUGCUCAGCCGGAGGAGCUUGAGAUUCUCAUGUUGUCCGUCACGUACGGCAACGUUCCACUGCAAAGCUGUUUGAAGAACGUGGUGGCCUUAUUCCAUGUUCUCGAGAAGGAGAUUGAGUGGAGGAAAUCGCAGGGGCAGCCUGAGGGGUUCGCUAGCAUGAGGAAGAACAAGCCCAUCGUGGCUGUUGGGCCAGAGCAUCCCCUGGAUGAUGAGGAGCUCAUGGCCGAUUACUUUCAUGGCUUGGAUGGUCUGCACAAUGUGCAUGAUGCCCAUCCCCACCUGAGCCCUGCCGACACAUGGAAAGCUUUGUUUGACAAGACAUCGGAUGCUGCACCUGAAGUCGACAACUUCUCGCCUUACUUCACGCCCUCCAAAACGCCCUCUCACAAGGAGAUUCUCCGCAUCCUGAAGGAGAACCCUGCCGAUACUGUGUCUGUCCUCGCCGUUGGACCUUUGACCAAUGUCGCUCUAGCUGCUGCUGAAGACCCCGAAACCUUUCUCAAGAUCAAGGAGCUAGUGGUGAUGGGCGGAGCUGUCCACGUCGAGGGCAACUGCACCCCGACCGCCGAGUUCAAUUGUUACGCAGACGCGGUGGCGGCUGCGCGCGUCUACGCCCUUACGUCUCCGAACCCCUUGUCCACGAUGCCCAUUAUCCCUGCCAAGGGUUCGACAAUGCCCGCCUACCCAGAGAAGCUCAGCCGGCCACUGCGGCUGGUGCUGUGUCCGCUUGAUAUCACCACGCCCCAUGGUAUUGACAAGAAGUACUUCUCUGAGAGUAUCAAGCCGUACCUGGAGGCCGGCAGCCCUCUUGCCCAGUGGACUUCCCACUUCAUCAUGGGUGCGUUUGGCAAGAUCGGUGGCAUGGGCUUUGAUGACUCGGAACUCGAGCUAUCUCUACAUGAUCCGCUGACAGUCUGGUACGCCAUGACUUGUAACGAUCCGGCAUGGAAGCUCACCGAGCCGGAGGAUAUCCGUGUGGAGACAGCUGGUCAAUGGACCCGCGGCAUGCACGUUAUCGAUCGUCGUGGCCGCGAGAGGAAGCUGCAGGCUGAUGUCACGGCGUUGGAGGAGAUUCCUGGAGAUGAUGAUGGCUGGCUGCACGCCCACAAGGGAAAUCGAAUCUACCGCGUAAUUGGUUCGCCAGGCGAUAGGAUAUUCAAGGAGAUAUGGUUGAAGCAGGUCUUCGCUUAG